GCCGAUUCGUGAUAGUUUAAUGAUCGAACCAACAGAGAGUGAGGACAAAGCAGAAUUGGAUCGGUACUGUGAGUCUUUAAUUGCAAUCAAACAAGAAAUAGAGCAAAUAGCUAAAGGACAACUACACGUUGAUCUCUACAAAAAUGCCCCACACACCCAAGCAGUUUUGAUGGCCGACAUUUGGGACAGACCUUACAGUCGAGAACAAGCUGGUUGGCCAAAGCCAUGGUGUCUUACUCCAAGAAAGGUAUGGCCAUCCUGUGGAAGAAUUGAUGAUUCUUUUGGUGAUAGAAAUUUAGUAUGCAUGUGUCCUUCAGUUGAAGAAUUGGCACAUCAAUAAGAUUUAUGAUUUUUGAAUUUACUAAUGUCCUAUUUUUUCUUUUAAAUAAAUACGUUGAAGAAAUGGGAAGAAUCCACAGUUGUGGGUCACUAGGCUGCGCCACAUAGUGCUGCCACUGAAAGCGGGGCCAUUAGAGUUAAAUAACCUCGACGAUUU